AUGUGCGGCGGACCACUCUGCGAAGACAUCUAUUUCCUUUUUUACGUGGCUGCUCCCCGGACUCGUGCUCCGCCACCACCACCGGCUCCAGAAGCUCCAGACGCCGAUGUUCCAGAAGAGCAGGCUCCAGAAGCUCCAGAAGUUCCCGAAAAUCAGAAUCCAGCAGAAGACGUCGUUGAACUACCACCGCUUAUAAUUGAAGAUUAG